AUGGCCAACCUUUUCUGGUUGCAGUUACGCGCUCUCAUCUGGAAGAACUGGAUUGUAAUAGCCAGACACCCAUUCGUUUCGAUCCUGCGCUGUUUUAUCCUUCCAAUCGCAUACGGCGCCUUUCUUGCUACUGCCCAAGUUUUCCUCAACAGACUGAACAACUAUGGCAUGGGCACACCCACUCCCAUCACUUCAUUGCAAAGUCAGUUCGACCCGGCACUUGCUCUUAUAUGGGCGGACGGCACGAACGGCACUAGCAACCCAUCUCCAAAAGACAUAAUAGACCGUAUCACCUCCGACUUCACCUCCAAGCAACUCGCCUCCAUCAGGCAGGUCGACACACCCGCUGAAAUCCCCUUUGAAUGUCCCCAGAACUUCAACCUGUUUUCAAAAUGUUUCGCAGCAAUCAGCUUCAUCGACAUUCCUCCUAAUGGCAGCCGAACAAGACCCGUCAAUUAUACUAUACUCGCGGAUGGAGGACUAGCAUUUAUUGACGUUGAACGGCACACGAGUGACUUUGAGAAGCGGAUUUUGCCUUUGCAGUGGGCGAUUGACAAGGCCAUCAUCGAGCUACAGACUGGCGUCGAGCAACAGACACCUUUGGAAUGGCCGUAUACGAUCGAGACAAACGAGGAACAGCGCAAGAAUAUUCGUUUGAGCUAUCUCAGGGGUAUUCAAGACUUAAUUUCGUUGGCGUUCUUCAUAAAUUUUGUCGGCAUUUCCUAUCAACUUCCUGGGUCGUUCUCGGGAGAACGUGCAUUGCUCAUCACAGAGCACAUGAAGGCGAUGGGCCUGCUUGAUUCCGCGAGAAUACUAUCCUGGCACAUUGGUAUCUCGUUAACGUACCUGCCUGCCUGGGUCAUCGUCUCCUUGAUAUGGAAGUUCACCAUCUUUACCGAAACCAACACAGGCAUCAUUGUCAUUCUCCACGUCCUGCUCGGCCUGGUGCUUGCCAGUUGGUCCUUCUUUAUCGCAGUGCCAUUUGGGAAGAGCCCACAACUCGCAGCCGUCGUAACAACCUUUGGAGGCAUCGUGUUUGCCAUCUUCGGACUCGUCAUCCGUUCAAGGAGUAGCGGUACUUUGUUCGUCUUCUCCAUCCUCUUCCCACCGUCGUUCUACAUCCUCUCGUUGCGGGCAAUUGCUGGCUAUGAGAAUCACGAAUCCGCUACAAAUGCACUGAAGGGAGAUAUCGAUCAGGGCAUCGUACUCCUUCCUCUCUUGAUUGGCGCUGUCAUUGAUGUCUUCCUCUGGCCCUGGCUUGCCGUCCUUUGGGAACGACACAUUUACGACGCGAAGGUACCUGGCCGACGCUCGUCAUGGGUAUUCUGGAAGAAGGCCAGCAGCUACCAAGCGCCUCCUAUGCCCGAAAAUACAGCCAUCUCGAUCCGUCAUCUGACGAAGGUCUAUAAGACAUCGAGGUUCAGUUCAAAGGGAGAUGUGACUGCGGUUACAGACCUCAGUCUGGAUAUUCCCAAGACGGGGAUUUUUGUGCUCCUAGGAUCGAAUGGAGCAGGGAAAUCAACGUCUCUGUCCGUAGUCGCAGGUCUUUCAAGCAUCACUGAUGGAACUGUCACUUUCGAAAGCGGGCAUCCUCGACCGCCCCGCGGUACGAUGGGUAUCGUACCCCAGAAGAACGUCCUUUUUCCCGACCUGACGUGUUUGCAAACUCUGCGGGUUUGGAGGGCCGUCAAGUGGUCGGAGAACUCUGAGGCUGACGAAGAUCUUGAACAACUGCUGCGCGAUUGCGAUCUCGAGCAAAAGAUACACGCGAACGCCUCGACUCUUUCAGGUGGCCAGAAGCGGAAGCUCCAGCUCGCUAUUGGGCUGUUGGGUGGAUCUAAGAUUGUCCUUGUGGAUGAAUGUACCUCCGGUGUUGAUCCCCUCAGCAGAAGAGCAUUGUGGAAGACUUUGACGGCCUUUCGGGGCGACCGCAGCAUCGUCUUUACCACACACUUCCUUGACGAGGCUGAUCUCCUCGCAGACCACAUCGCGAUCCUUGCUGCCCCGGGCAAAGUUGUCGCGUCAGGACCGCCUGUAGCUCUGAAACGCGACCUAGGCGAAGGCUACUCCAUCCAAGUCACCUUCGCAUCUUCGGAAAGCCCGGAGAAAACGGAAAUUCCGCAUGAUCUCCUCGAGGGCAUGAGGACCAUCGUGCCUAAGGCCUAUCUCACGACGGCCUCGCCGACCCAAGCGACCUACCAUUUGAAGACGAGAGAUACAGAGAUUAUUCGUGCCGUUUUAGACCUUCUUGAUGCGGAGACCAGCACCCACAAUAUCGAGUCGUACGACAUUCUUGGAACGACGAUCGAGGAUAUUUUCUUGGACUUGAUGCACAAGAACGAUACCCUAGCGAACGAAGAAAAAUCGUCGCAGGACACGGUUUCAGCAUCUCCUGUGGUCAAGCAUGCAGCGAUGGAACUGCCUUCCGGACGCCCUGUCUCGCCUUUCAAACAGGCAUUCACGAUAUUCCACAAGCGCGUUUUGAUUGCUCGACGGAGCUGGCUGACCCCACUUCUUGCGAUUGCCGUAGCUGUCUGCGGUGCCUGCAUUCCGCUCAUCUUCAUCACAGGCAGGCAGCAAUCAGCUUGCGUCAGGCAGUUCAGGAAUACCACAACGAUACCUCUCUACCUACCUGCUUCGCCCAUCCGGCCAUUCACACUCGGUCCAUCCUCUCGUGUGGUCGUUACUCCUCCAGGGAUUGUCUCGACGUUAGGCCCAAGCACCGACCUCUUCAGAAUUACAAAUAUCCCCGAUAACGCUACUUUUGUAGACAUGAUAAACCAAAACUACAGGAGCCUUAGCCUGGGGGGCAUCUCGUUGGACCUGGAAACUGGCCAGUCGUUGAUCGCUUGGGAGGCGACGCGCCCGGGCAUUACGGGACCAUCGAUGCUGAACCUCGCGACAAACAUACUUUACAAUAGGGCUUUGAACGUGUCUGGCAACGCGGAUAAUACCCCAACGAUUAUCAGGGCGAACUAUGCAUCGUUCCCGCCUGUUGCAGCUGGCACGCUGGUUGCGUUAAGGUGGAUUAUAUUCUUUGGUGCUCUCAUGGCCGUGUACCCAGCCUUCUAUGCACUUUAUGUCUCGAAGGAACGCCGGUCAUCGGUGCAGGCUAUGCAGCUGUCGAACGGGUUGACAGACCCUAUUGGGCUGUGGUUGGGCCACCUGAUGUUCGACACAAUCAGCGUGGUGAUCCUCUCCACUAUCAUCACGAUUGUAUUUGCUCUCGCUGCAAGCAAUCAGCUACAGGGUCUCGGUUUCUUAUGGUUUAUUAUGGUGCAGUAUGGUAUUACUGGCGCUCUCUUUGCAUAUUGUAUAUCUCUGUUUGCCUCAUCACCUCUGGCUGCGUUCGCAAUCGUAGCUGGCUAUCAAUUCGUCAUCUCCAUUCUUUACCUAUCUUCAUAUCUUUUUAUCCUAACAUAUGCCCCGACGACGGAGUCAACUCGUCUUAUCACAGUUGUUCAUUUCUCAAUUUCCGUUGUAGCCCCUGUUUGUAGUGUCGCUCGUGCUGGUCUUGUCGCAGCCAACCUGUUCUCCCUCCGGUGCGACGGGAAUAGUGUUGUGACAGCGGCCUCUCUGGGCGAAAUCAGACGAUACGGCGGGCCCAUCCUCUAUCUUUUCGUAUACAUGCUUGUCCUCUUGGCAAUCCUCGUCUGGGCCGACUCCGGUUCCCGAAAGAAUCGACUUCGAAAACGCAAGAUUAUUCAUUCAGCGACUGGCACCGCUGCAUCUUCAAAAGAGGACGUUAUAGAGGCUGCCAAAUCGGUCGCUGUCUCCGAUGACCUGCUCAGAGUUCUAAACAUCUCCAAAAGUUAUAAUAACAACCAAGUCGUCGACGAUGUCAGCUUGGGUGUGUCGAGAGACACAGUGUUCGCCCUGCUAGGACCGAACGGAGCGGGGAAGACAACCACAUUCAAUAUCAUUCGUGGAGAUGUUUUCCCUGAUAUUGGUGAUGUCGUCAUCAAUGGCACUUCAGUCAUCCGGCACCCACGCACCGCUAGGUCCAACCUCGGAGUCUGCCCUCAAUUCACCGCUAUCGACUCCCAACUCACAGUACGCGAGCAUCUGUACAUCUAUGCACGCUUGAAGGGCCUACGGAAUGGACCUGAGCUCCAAGAAAGUAUCAAAUCUGUCAUGCAGGGGACGUCUUUGACAAUGUACGCCGAUCGAUUGGCAAGCAAGCUGUCGGGUGGAAAUCAGCGCAAACUUGCGCUUGCUAUCGCUCUCAUCGGCAACCCGUCUGUGAUCCUCAUCGACGAGUUCUCGACAGGUAUCGACCCCAAGAUGAAACGAGAUAUGUGGCAGACGCUGCGAAGGGUGGCAGUCGGCAAAGCGGUCAUUAUCACAACUCAUUCUAUGGAGGAGGCAUCCGCCCUGGCAAGCAGUGUUGGUAUCUUGGCGAAACGCUUGCUCGCUGUUGGGACAACAAAAUCAUUGUCGGCUCGUUAUGCGACCUACGAAGUUCACUUCACUUGUCGCACGAGAGAAGAGGUUGUCAAAGCUCGCGAGCUCAUGGCGCAUAUUCCAGGAUCUCGAAUGGCGGAUGAUGUUGCGACCCGGUUCGAAGUUCCCAUUUCCUCCGGAGAUGAAUUCUCGUUGGCCAGGCUCUUCAACACCCUGUCGGAACACGGGGACUUCACGGAAUACACGGUCGAGCGAGCAACACUUGAAAGUGUUUUCCUUAAGGUCAUUCGAGAGAAUAAUGUCAGAGAGGAGGAUGCGGACCGACAGGGACGACAUAAUCGACCUUGGUGGAGAUGUUAG